GGCAUUUCCUACCUUCAUCGUCCAACUCCGGACCCGGAGAUCUCCAACCCGUCCAUCCCACACGAGCCGUCUGAUGGGAGGCGGCGAAGAGACCAAGCCGUCCAUCCUGUACGACCCCUCCGCCUCCACCCAGCCCCUCCUCUCCGCCGCCGACCCCGCCGCCCCCCCGCAGGACGCCGACGACGACGACCAGUACCCCCCGAUCUCCUACCAGCACGGCCCUCGCCCCCUUCGCGACCUUCCCGCUCUCAUACUCUUCCUCCUCCUCUCUCUUUCCACCAUCGCCCUCGGCCUCGUCGCUGUCGCCCGCCGCAACCCCGCCGCCUCCCGCGUCUCCUCCUUCGUCUUCGACCCCGCCUCCUCCUCCUGCGUCCUCCCCUCCUCCAAUACUCUCUCGCUCUCCCUCUCCCUCUACUCCUCCUCUUCUUCCCCUUUCUUGAAGGAUCUCAUCUGGACUCUCGUCGUCACCCUCCUCCUCUCCGGCCCCAUCGCCCUCGCUGUCCUCUGGAUCCUUCGCCAUUACCCCAAACAAGUGGUGUACACUGCCCUUCCCUUCUUCAUCCUCAUCCCGGCCUUCGUCAAUGUCUACUGGUUCGCCGCCUGCGCCCUCAGCCACGGGUGCCGCCACUCCUUCCCUCUCGCCUACCGAAUCCUCACCCUCAUCUUUAUUUUCCUCCUCAUCGCUAUCAUCCUUUGGAUCAUCGUCGCCAACUGGCACCGCGUCGAGCUGACCGUGCGGAUCGUCCGGAUAUCCGCCGCCGCCCUCGCCAGCAACAUCAGCCUGCUCGCCAUUCUUCCUGCGUUGGGACUCGGGCUCCUGGUGUACUUCACCCCAAUUGUGGUGUUCUUGGUGUAUUCGACCUGGAACGGGAAGGUGGUGCCGAAGGAGAAGGAGGGCGCCGGUGGGGAGUAUUAUUUGUGUGUUUGGAGGCAGGAUGGAUGGGUGCCGGCAUACUUUGCGCUGGCGAUCAUCACGAUGGUUUGGUCAGUGGCGACAAUGGUGGAAGCACAGGUGUAUGUCAUUAGUGGGACGAUCGCUCAGUGGUACUUCUCCAAGGAGCGGUCCAAGCAUAUCCGAAACAUAAGGAGCUCUUUGAGGAAUGCUUUUGGUCCCUCCUUUGGUACAGUAUGUUUUUCAGGAAUGGUAAUGGGUGCUAUCCGUGUCAUCCGUGCUGUUGUAGAUAGUGCAAAGCAAGAAGAUGUGGCUCAAGGAUGUGUGAAUCUAAUGCUCAAGUGCUGUGCUAAUUUCUUGCUGUCAGCAUGCGACUUUGUCAACAAGUUUACUGUAAACUUUGCUGCGAUAACGGGUGAAGGAUACUGUUCUGCUGCUAAGAUGGCAUAUGAGCUUCUAAAGCGGAAUCUUCUUUCUGCUGUUUUUGUUGAGACAGUCUCCACACGCAUACUGGCUGGAAUAAUUUUUGUUCUCUCGGCGUUGUACGCUAUAGUGGUUUGUGCAAUUUUAAAAGCUGCGAGUGCUCUGGGUGCAGAAAUGUAUCUUGUUGCAGCCCUCGCAUGGUUGCUGCUCAUGGUGGUAUUGGGUUACUUUGUUCACGUAUUGGAUAAUGUUAUCGACACCAUUUACGUGUGCUAUGCCAUAGACAGGGAUAAAGGGGAAGUGUGUAAGCAGGAGGUCCACGAGGUCUAUGAACUUCUCCCUCUCAGUAGAAAUCAUAGACCCUCCCUUAACAACAGAACUCCAUUGGUUGUAUAAUGAUCUGCUUCUUACUCUUUGUAUAAUUCUGAGAAUGUCAUUUCAUGGAGAUUUCACGAGUAAUAAGCGCUCUGCUGCCACUAGAGAAGUCAACAAAUUGUGUGUACAUUUGCCCCCAAAUCAUCAUCGCUUGUAUGAUAUCUGAACUUAUGUUCCUCAGCUGUAGAAAAUAUGUAAUCAUAAUUGUUGUCAUGGUAUGACAUUUUUUUGAUGGUGAGUUGCUUCUUAUAUGCUUUAUCUGCUCCAGUUCUGUUUGCAUAUGGAUUGUUAUUGAAUCCAUGGGCGAUUCAGAAUACAUUCUAGUGUUUCUGAUGCUAAAUAUAUGUUUGCUCGCUUGCACUGUGUUAUA